GAGAGAAGCACCCACCGGCCCGGAAGGAGCUAGCGCAGACUAGGGCCGCGGCAGCCAUCGCGCUUUGCAGUUCGGUGUCGGAGUGAGUAGGGUCGACGCCAAGCAAGGAAUUGUGUUCUCUCCAAUCGCAGUAACAUGAUUAAAAUUUGAAAAAUGCAGAAAGAUAACAAACCCAGAAAUUUACUGUCUGGUACCAACUGCUACAAAAGAACAAAAGAAAAAGAAAAAGGGUUUUUACUCCACAUAGACCCUAUAAGAUUUGGCUAUGUCCUUCAUAUUUGACUGGAUUUACAGUGGUUUCAGCAGUGUGCUACAGUUUUUAGGAUUAUAUAAGAAAACUGGUAAAUUGGUAUUUCUUGGAUUGGAUAAUGCGGGAAAAACAACAUUGCUACACAUGCUAAAAGAUGAUAGACUUGGACAACAUGUCCCAACGUUACAUCCCACGUCAGAAGAACUAACCAUUGCUGGCAUGACAUUUACAACUUUUGAUCUGGGUGGACAUGUUCAAGCUCGAAGAGUGUGGAAAAACUACCUGCCUGCUAUCAAUGGCAUUGUAUUUCUGGUGGAUUGUGCAGACCAUGAAAGGCUGUUAGAAUCAAAAGAAGAACUUGAUUCACUAAUGACAGAUGAAACUGUUGCUAAUGUGCCUAUACUGAUUCUUGGAAAUAAGAUUGACAGACCUGAAGCCAUCAGUGAAGAGAGGUUGCGAGAGAUGUUUGGUUUAUAUGGUCAGACAACAGGAAAGGGCAGUGUAUCUCUGAAAGAACUGAAUGCCCGGCCCUUAGAAGUUUUUAUGUGUAGUGUGCUCAAAAGACAAGGUUAUGGAGAAGGCUUCCGCUGGAUGGCUCAGUACAUUGAUUAACACCAGCCCGCAUCGGUUCAGGGUCUCACCAUUCAGGCCUACUCAGAGAUUUGAUCACUCGACAUGCAUAACUUGAAUUCAAUAGACUUUUGUUGGUUAGAAAACAGAUGUUUUUUAGAUUAUUAAUAUCUUAUCAACCUAAUUUGAGUGAGAAUCGAAGACUGAUUCAAGUAAGCUGAAUAUCACAAUGUAGCUUUCUAAUUCCAUAAAAAUAAUUAGAAUUUAGUUUAUAAUCUGACAUUACCCCCAGCACCAUUUUUAAAGAGCAACUUUCCAGACUACCUUUGAAGCACUUUUUAACGAUAUGAAACUACAAAUGUAAACCAUAUUUAAAAGUUCAUCAUGUUAAACUUUUUAUGUACUUUUUUGGAACUAGUUUUUUAAUUUUAGAUUAUGUGUCCACCUAUCUUAAGUGAACAGUUAAUAAUUAGCUUAUUGAUGACUGCAUGAUGCCUUACAGUUUUCAUUAUUUUUUCUUAUGCAAACGUCAUGCAAUAAAGCAAACCCUAAUGUUUGGCAUCCUUAUUGGGCAAAUGUUUCGUUUUAAUGUGUCUUAUCUGGCUAGUAUGCUCUGAAAUUUUGUAUGUUUACUAUUAUCUAUAUGAGGGGGUUACUGGGAAAGGAGACUGCUUCAGAAUAUUUAGAAUAAUGCUUAAGUUCCUAGAGGCUUUUGCAUUUUCCAGGAGACAAGUUGUGUUUGGUUGUACCUUAUACCACAUUUAUCUCUGAAUCAUGUGUAUUUUUAUCUGUAACACUACCAUUACCAAUGCUGAUGGGGUCCAUGUCCUAGUCCCUGUGGGAUCGGCCUUCUGCAGAAAAGCACAUCUUCUGGUACAACCCAAGGUUAAUUUUUGGUUUGAUAGGCCCAUUCCAGUUGUCUCAUUCUGAAGUGCUCCAUCUUACUGGUUUGGUAUUCUGUGCCUCUUCACCAAAAGUAGUGACAGGCACCAGUCUCCCCACAUUUAGAGGUACUCCCCAGUCUCUUUAUACUUAAUGGUACUCUCCAGGGCAAACGACAAGUAGGGUCUUGUGCACAGUCUCAUCGUGGAGGCGUGCAUCUGAGGAAAAAGAGCCUAUUCUCCUUCAUUUGUCACUGAGAUAUUUGGGGAUUUUGCUCCUGUCCUUCAGCUCUUUUGCAUUUUUGGCGUAUUUUAUUUCUUGGUGGAAAGAAAAUGAAUCCAUGUAUUUAAUUUUCUUUUUUUUUAUUCUCAGCUAGCUCUCACUUUAUAGGCUUUUGUUUUUAGAUACAAUUCUUGCCAUGCGAUAGUGUCUGCAAACCUCAUUGACAGGCUUUCUAGUAAGAUUUUAGUUAGCUUUUUAAAGCAUUUUAAUUUCCUAAGAAAUUGAGUUCUUUUUUUCCAUAUGUCAGAGAUUCCCAUAAUUUGCUGAAAGACAAGUGCCAAAUAUUUAUUUUUAAAGACUGUCAAGCUUAAGGUUUCCUCUCUUGGUCAUAAACCAAGGUUUCAUAGUACAUUUAACCAAUUCCAUUGAGAAUAGAUUGCUCCAAUUCCAUCAAGAGUAAUUUUAAUAUCAGAAUCAGUGUUUUUCUCUAGCUAUUGUCCAAAUCAGAGUUACUGUAGUCCUUUCUGUCAUCAAUAAUGUAAUAUAUGAAGCAAAUAAGGAUUGAAGGAUAUGCCUGGAAGGAAUUACCAGUUGGCUAAACCAACAAGGUCAUUUCACCAUGACAUUUGGUUUUAGGGAUUCACCUAUUCUAUUUCACUUUCAGUUUCCUUCUAAAUGAAAAUAGAAAGCUUUCUCCCUGCCUAGAAACAUCAGUAGCACCAUGGGAAAAGUAGCAAAUGACAUUUCAGCCUCUUGGUUUAUUCUGCCAGAUAUGUUUAAAGUACUCAUUUUUAACGUCUCGACCAGACAGAACUAAGCCUUAUUAAAAGUAAUUGCCUCUUGUUGAUGGUAUCUUUUCAAUAUUUACAGGGACAUGCCUUUCUUCAAGUAUUUCCUAGUAUCUAUUGUGAUAAUUGAGAAGUUAAUUAUUUGUGUUAUAAAUUGGUAUAAAGGAAAAAGCUUAGUGGUUUCUCUAGAGGGGAUUUGCUUUCUGGUACAAAAUAUAUUGUUCCAGAACUCUCAUUCUAGGUCUGUCACUGGGAUCAAAGGAACAAAGUCACUUUGUGGACCACACUAAACUGUGGAUAUUUUCCCAAUGAUGUAAGAGUCUUAUGGCCUGAACCUCUGGAAAUGAAGCUGCACUUUCCCGCCAGCUCCAGGGAGAUGGGCCUCAGAGUUCCCCAGCCAUUGGGCAUCCCAUCUAGUUCUGAGAGCUCCUCAGAGCAUAUACACUAAGUCACUGCUUCCUUCAGGAGAAGCAAGUUAAGAGAAUGCCGAGAAGCAGUAAAAACACAUGGGGAAAACAUAUACUCUGUGCCUGUGCAAGUGUGCACAUUUGCGGAGUAGUUUUUGGGUAAAUGGUAGUAUUGGGGACAUAGGUUAAUUUUGUUCCUACCACUGUAGAGUGUGAAAAUGUAAUUAACACUGUUGUAUACAAGUUAAGAUUGGAUUCCAUAUAAAUCAGGAAGUGUUCAAAAGAUGUUUUAAAAUCUUAAGUCCAAAACUAAAAAUAGAGGGUCUCAGCUGGCUUUUGUAUUUUUAAAGAAGAGCUUCUCAACCUCACACCUGUUUCAAUGACUGCUGUUAAUUAUACUUUUGUGUAACUGUUUAAAUUGAUGGAUUCCAGUUUAUCUUGGUGAAUUUUUAGAUUGAAGAUUAUAGCAUUUUUAAAAAUUGGGGCACAGAUAUUUCCUAAAGCAUAUGAAAAAAUAUUCUUCACCAUUGGCUUAGUUGACCCAGUAUCUUUGAGUGCCAAAGAAGUAUGAAUUCAGAUACUGCCUGCAUAGAUCUAAAUUUUAGUUUUGUGUGCCUGUGUACAUAUACAAAUUUACUGUGGUUUACAAUGUAUACACAGAACAUUUCUUUUCUUUAGUUUUCAACUGGCUCACACUUCUGUGUAGUGCUUUCCAGCAUGUAAGUUACUUGUAAAUCAUUAAAAUAGAGUAAUAUUUGAUAAUAGUGUUUCUUGCCUUCUGCAAAAUGAUUUAAUUAACCCAGCAUUUUCACAAGUUCCAUCAUUAAAAACAGAAUACCUCUAGCUGACAUGAUUUGAGAGUUUCAGGAGACAGGUUUACAUUUUCUGAAACUGUACUUGGUAUGUGGCUCAAUGUAGCAUUUCAGUCUUAGUCACUUACAGGACUGAAGUUUGCAAGACUUCUAUUGCCAAAUAAAUUUUGACCAGAGUACACUGAAAAUAGCUAAUAUAAAAGGAAGUCUCUCAGAAAAUCUUGUGUUGAUUUUAUUUAGAGUAUAUGGUUUGGAUUUUUUUUUUUUCUGGCCGUGCCAUGCAGCAUGCGGGAUCUUAGUUCCCCGACCAGGGAUCGCCGUGUCCCCUGCAUUGGAAUCGUGGAGACUGCCAGGGAAGUCCCUGUUUGAAUCAUUUUAAACGUAUGUAAAAGUUGGUGAAGCUUCAAAAAGUCUCCAAGAGAGCAUGAAAAAAGUAGAGAUUAGCAAAUAUAAACUUCUGGAUGCAAAAUUAAUAGGGAAUUAAAGAUUUUCUAUAAACAUUAAAAAUUUUUUUUGUAAUGAAUAGUUGAGAGUUCAGAAAACAGUAUAUCUUCAAUUAAGGACUAAAUUCUCAAAGCUCCAUAUUUAUGUUUCUGGUCAUUUCCAUCAUUGUCCUUUUGAAAUGCAAAUUAGUGCUUUUUAACUGAAACAAAAAAAGAAAAAGAGGAAAAAGAAAAGAAAGAGAACAAGCUCUUAAAAAUAUAGGGACUGUGCCUCUGUGUAAAGUGAUUGGAAUUUUGUUAAAACCAUGUUUCUACUCUUGAACCCUGGAACCAUUACCCCUCACAUACCCCAGCCCACACCUGGAUAAAAAGAUCCCUGAGUAUAAAGGGAGUCUACAGAGUCUGUUGAAGAUGCAAUUUUGAACUAAUUUUUGUCCUCAUAAUUUGGAACAUUAAGUAGCUAAUAUAUUUAGUACCUCUGAUUGAUUGUUCUGGGCUUUGACCACACUUUUAAACAGAGUCCAAAGUAAUCACAGUAAAGCAAAUUUAUCCAAAGUAAACUUUGUUUCAGGAGUGCCCCCACCCCAAAUAGAUUUUAGGACAGAAAUGGGAAAGGCUUUUGAGUGAUUUCAUGCAGCAUUAUUUUCUGUGGAAAAGCCACACUGGAGUGGAUGAAUUCUUCAGCAUGUAUUUUAAAUGAAGCAGGGGAAUUAGAUUUAAUUUUAGUUUUAAAUAUUUGAGGGUCAAGGGAGGUGACAGUUCUACAGUUUUUGACAUACAAGCUGUCCUUGAAAUUGUUUUCAUUAUCAAGUGUGAAGAUUCACAUCAGAAUGGCCAACUUCACAUGGGUUUCUGGAUUCCCUGGUGCUGCUCCUAACCUGAACUCACAAUCAGUUGCCAUACUGAGGCAAGAGCACUCAGGGUGAAUGUAGUCACAUAACUUUAAAAGUGAUCAAAGUGUUUUCCGUGGUGAGGCCUUCAGUAUUUGACUGAAUGCAGAGUAUGUUGAAGUGGUAAGUCGGUGAUAAGUUUUUCAUCACUAACCUUGUUUGCACUUUUGUACACCACUGCUUGCACUAGCAUCUUAGUGUGAAUUUUAACAAUUGUUUUACAGUGUAUACAGAUUGUUAAGCAUUAAUUUAUAUAAAGAUGUUUGUUUACCUUUAUAUAUUUUACAAAGAACAGCUAUAAUAGUUGGUUAAAUGUCCUUGAAUUGUGUUUGUGUAUUAUUUUGAUUAUGUUCUAUUGUCUUUUCACCCCCUAUGAAUUUGAGUGUCAGGAAUAGAAAAAUAAAAUGAUUACCUGGUCUUUGAAA